AUGGAUGUUGCACUGCUUACCGCCGGUCAUCAUUCUGUUGCGCAUAACGACUGUCGACCUCGUGCGCGACUGGACUGUUCGCUGCAUUUUGCAUCUGCUGUGAUCCUCAAGACUGCUACCUACACACCAUCGACAACGACUAUGGACAACGGACCUUGCCUUUGCUUCCCAUGUAUCAUCUCAUACCUGGAUGGUUUCGUGUGGCCCACCAAGGAGACACAGGUCUACCCACAGCUCCAACGGAAGGGAUUCUCGAAGGCGCAACAGCGUGAGAUCGCGGAAGAGUGGUAUUGGGUGGCCAUGGAGCGCGAGACAGCCGUCAUGGACUAUUUGAAUGGAUACGGGACCCUGUCGGAUGGAUGUUCGUGGCGGCGCCCUCCGCCGGGACCAAUCAAGAAACCUAUCUAUCCAAGAUGA